AUGACGGACGCCAAAGCGACAGUGUGCUACUUGAACGGUCUUUCACUUCGCACGAUUAAUGAGGUUGAGAAGGUAGCUUGGUAUCGUGGGAUUAAUAAUUAUAGGCAAUUCUAUAGAUCUUGCGCGGAUUGCCACAAAAAGGAACUCGUUGUGAAGUGCAAUAUUCGAAGCCCCUGAGCGGAUCCUGCGAUCGUGGAAUCGGAGAUGUCAUUGCUUCCAAGAGCUUGCAAAUUCGUGACGAGCCCCGUCCGUUGAGUCUCUCGCCAAUUCGGGAAAAAGUUACUCCUGUAAAAAAGACGGUCAAACUUUUGGAGACAAUGUUAUUCGAAAAGGUACUACAUUAGAAUAUUUCUCGUAAAUUAGUCUUUUUAAGGACGCUGAGAACAACAGCGGCUUCCAGUGCAAUGUUCUCACUGAUCACGUCCGCGUUUCUCCGAUCAUCUCCUUCAACGGAGUCAUUCUGGAGCUUGACGUCGAAGUUACCAUCCCGCGCACUGACGAACCAAAAAAACUGAAAUUGGAGAUAGAAUGCCCGGACUACGUUCCUGCGCGCAUCAAGAUCGGAAAUAAAUGGAAAAAUAUUGUCUGA